AUGACGCUCUGUGAUUAUAAGCCUAAUGAGCCAGAAUGCGACGGAGAUGAUUCGCCAAUUGUGGAAGAGGUUUUAGGAAAGUUGGAAGAUGUUCCACCAGGAACCAAGAAAACCUUCGAGGUCCGCGGUCGCAAGAUCCUUGUCAUCAACGAUGAUGGUAAACUAUUCGCAAUCAACGGCCUUUGCACCCACUACAACUUUUCUCUGGAAAGCGGAACUUACGCCAAAGGAAGAAUCCGUUGUCCACUCCACGGAGCCUGCUUCAACGUUCGUUCUGGAGACAUCGAAGAUUAUCCGGGAUUCGAUAGUCUUCAUUCCUACUCGGUGUCUGUGAACAAUGGAGACAUUGUGAUCAAGACAACCGAAAAGAAGCUAGGAUCAGACCGUAAAAUCCGCCACCUUCCAAAAAUGAAAGAAUGCAAUGAUCGGCCAGUGGUGGUGAUUGGAGGUGGAGUCGCCACUGCCACAUUCAUUGAACACUCUAGAUUGAAUGGAUUGAUCACUCCGAUUCUUGUGAUCUCCGAGGAAUCCUUCCCACCAUAUGACAGAGUUUUGCUCUCGAAGAACCCAUCCGCCACUGGAGAGAACAUCCGAAUGAGAAAAGACGAUGCAUUUUAUGAGGAGAGAAAUGUCAAGUUCCAACUGAAGACGUCAGUGGUUUCUGUGAAUCCGAAUAAGAGAGAAGUUCAUUUGUCCAAUGGAGACUUCGUUUUAUAUUCGAAAUUAAUCAUUGCAACUGGAGGAAAUGUUAGAAAGCUUCAGGUCCCAGGAUCAGAUCUCAGAAAUAUCUGUUACUUGCGGAAAGUGGAAGAAGCCAACCACAUUGCUGAUCUUCACCCUGGAAAGCACGUCGUCUGUGUUGGAUCUUCAUUCAUCGGAAUGGAAGUGGCAUCUUCUUUGGCUGAAAAAGCCGCAUCUGUCACCGUAAUCUCCAAUAGCCCAGAACCUCUUCCAGUUUUCGGAUCAGACAUCGGGAAGGGUAUUCGUCUGAAGUUCGAGGAGAAAGGUGUCCGAUUCGAGCUCUCUUCUGGAGUGGUUGCUCUACGUGGCAACGAGCAAGGAGAAGUGUCGAAAGUGAUUCUUCAAGACGGAAAGGAAUUGGAUGUUGAUCUUUUGGUUUGUGGAAUCGGAGUCACACCAGCCACGGAGUUCUUGGCAGGAUCUGGAAUCAAAUUGGAUAGUCGAGGAUUCAUCGAAGUAGAUGAGAAGUUUAGAACAAAUAUCAGCUACGUAUUUGCUAUGGGUGAUGCUGUUACAGCUCCACUGCCACAAUGGGACAUCGAAAGUAUCAAUAUUCAGCACUUCCAAACUGCUCAGACUCAUGGACAAUAUCUUGGUUACACCAUUGUCGGAAAACCGCAACCCGGACCAAUUGUUCCAUACUUUUGGACCUUGUUCUUCUUUGCGUUCGGUUUGAAAUUCUCCGGAUGCAGUCAAGGUUACACUAAAGAGUAUACUAAUGGGGAUCCAGAAACUGGCAGUUUUGUGAGAUAUUUCUUGAAAAAAGAUCGAGUGAUCGCUGUAGCAGCUGGUGGUCCAUCUCAAGCAGCAUCCCAGUUUGCUGAGAUUUUCAAGAAGGGAAUCGAGGUGACAUUGAAGGAUCUGAAGAAUAGCAAGGAUCACACUUGGGGACAUCUUCUGUUGUAG